GAGUUCUUUUCUCCUAAUUUGAAGGUUUGUCGAUGAAUAAUUUAAAUGAGCCUCCCAGUUGGAACAUCCACCCUAAUGCCCGGGACGAUGGAGGCCAUGGCAGCAAAUGGAAUUAUGCCUUGUUGGUUCCAAUGCUGGGACUGGCUGCCUUCCGAUGGAUCUGGUCCAGAGAGUCGCAGAAGGAGAUAGAAAAUGAAAGGAAAAAGUUCUAUCAAAAACUGUCAACAGUACAAAGAGAGCUUGAAUCGAAAUACCGUGACAUAAUUAUUGAAAAUCGCCGUUCGGUUGCCCACUUAGAGCUAGAACUGGAAAAAGAACGGAACAGAACGUCAAGUUACCGUGAAGCCCUUGUCUCCCAGAGCCGUAAAUUGGUGGAGGAAAGAAGAACCCUGGAAAAAGAGCAUGCCCAGCUGGAACAAGAAAGAAAGAUCCUGCAGCAUUCUGGGGCCGCUGGCGCUUUGUACCAGAGCUGUCUGGAGAAAGAAGCAGAGUGGCAAAAGAGAGCUGGCGCUUUGCUCAAGGAGUUUGAAGAAACUCUCACCGAAAGGCAGGAGAUCUACUGCAGCCUCAUGCUUCCCAGAAACCGGCGACUGGAAAUUGAGAAAAAUUUGCUAAUUAGAGCAGCAACUGAUCCAAUUGCUUUGGACUUGGGCAUGGAGAUGGGCUUGAAAGAUAUCUUUAGGCACGAUACCUAUUGCAGCAACUUGCUAAACACCAAUAAACGUCGGAAUGGAAGGCUGAUGUGGCUGUACCUCCGAUACUGGGAAUUGUCUGUAGAACUUAAGAAGUUCAAGAGGGUGGAGAAGGCCUUGUUGGGAAAUUAGUGGCUCUCAGUGUCAGUUACAAGUGAGUUCUUCUGGUGAGCAUAUUGAUUUUCUUGUGCUUUCCCACCACAGUCACCUGCUGUUGUGUCUUCUUAAGUAUUCAUUGCCACUUCCUUUGAAUGGUCGCGAUAAGGUAGCACUACAAUGCUGUGUGUCAGUUAAGCGUUUCUUAGGACUCAAAAAGGAUAGGACUUGAAGCUCCCAUCACCUGCAUGGCAACCCUUUUUUCCACUCUGCUUGGAAGCAACUAUCCUAAUUCUAUCUAUCUAUUUAAGGCUGAGAUGCUGUAUAACAGCAUCUCAGGUUCGCGCACCGUUUGUGAUCUAAACUGGGCAAAAAUGUUGCUUCACAGGGCCCAUGUGGAAGCAAAAUAGAUAUGACACUAGCUGAAAAAAUGCUUUGUCAGCCUCGUGACAACCUGGUAAGACUUCCAGGAGUUUUAAGUUUUAUCCGCUCUCCCUAAUCAUGUUCCUUGGAAAUUAGACUAUUCUGUUUUCUCUUACUGUCCUUUGCUCUAUUAUUCUCACUGUCAGGUAAGGACAGUGAUGGAAAAUGAGUACAGCUACGGAUGGGAUGUACAAACCAAAUGGGAAGAACUCAGUAAGGUUGAGAACCUGGAGAGACCCGUGGAUGGGAUGUAAGCAGAAGAAAAUGUUUAUUUGAUAAAGGCUGCGGAUCAAAUUUAUAACCAACCUUCUCCCUUUUUAAAGGACUACGAUGAGGCUCCAGGAGUCAGUGUGCCUUUUGAAACAGAUAGCAAAAUCCCUCUAUUCCUCCACCCAGCCAGUACUUCACCCACUUACUGCCAUGUGGACGGAGACAUCCCAGUUGGCCUUGCAGCUUCACUUAGAAGCUCUUUCACCCUUUUGAUACUUGAAGUCAGUUGAAUCAAAUCACCUUGGAGUCUUCCGAGGCUUUCUACCCAUCUCAGGUUCAGGUUCCAUUCUUCUAGCCCCUCCCUGGGCUGCCUGAGCUCCUUCUCCUGGCCUUUAGGUUCUUAUCAGUCCAGCUCUCUAAAGCUGUUGAUUUCUACUUCUCUCUUCCAGCUGCCUGCCUGGCGUGAGCACCUUCUCUUUUUCGCUCUCCUUAUAGACCUGCUCAGGAAGGUUCCAACCAAUCAACUGCUGACAGUUGCCAGGCUUCAUUCUGAUUGGUGCCUGUGUUGUCCAACCACAUUCAGUACUUGAUAAUCCUAAGCAUAGAAUCAUGGAGUUGAAGGGAUCUCCAGGAUCAUCUAGUCGAACCCCCUGCACAAUGCAGGAAAUCCUUCCUCAGAUUGUCUCUAGGUGAAACCCUAUUGUAAAGCUGAAACCUUCUUUGUUACCUUGUAACUUCCCCUUAGCAAGUCACUGGGUUAAGCCAACAGACUAGUUUCUGAGAAUACAUUGUAUAAUUUCAAAACCAUCAUGUUUUCUGUAAGUAAACAAAACAAAAGAUUUUGCAGCA